GUGUGCUAUGGGUUGGGUAUGAUAGUGUACGUUGUAGGUCUAUGCAUUCAGCUGUGGUCACAUCAUUCUUAUUUGCGUUGAGUGGAUGGAUUUGAGUUUCUUUUUUUUUUUUCAUCAGAUGAUCCUUCCUUCCUUUUUCUAUAUUCUUUAUAUGAUUUUUAUUUUGCGACCCAUUUGUCUUCCACCCUUCCUUUUGGUCAAUUUUGGGUGUUUGUUUACUUGUAAGUUGCAAGUCUAGUGCCUCUCUGCUGUUAUAUUUGCACUCUUUUAGGUUUUGGGUUUCUUCUUCAUCCUUUCUUUUUAAUGCUGUAAAAAGGGUAAAUAAAAAAAAGGACGUUUUCAUUUGUUUUGUUUUAGAGCUACAGUGUUUCUUUGAGUCCAUGGAUUUUAUUCUACUAUUUAUCUUUGUGCUAGAGACGUGAAGAAAUAAACAAAAUAUAAAGACUGUGGGGACUUUCAAGAAUUGAGACUAUGGUGUAUAUAUAUAUAGAGAGAGAGAGAGACUAGUAGGUAGAGGCAGCGCCUCAUUUGUUACGCCACUAUUACGAAGCUGGAAAACAAUGGCUAUCCCUUCUAACUUUUUCAAGUAUAUUCUUUUGUUGCUAGUAGAUCCAAAUGCUGACUCCAAUCUCAUGCUCCUUCUGGGCAGUAAUGAGUCAAGUUUUUCUUUCAUGGCCUGGAAAUUAUAGAAGUUGAGAUUUGAAGCUUUUAAAUCUUCUUGUUUGUGCUUUUGAGCUGAAGGGUUGGUCUUGAUUUCCUUCUGGAUCUCAUCAUUUCGUGAGAGCAAGUCUGAUGAUAGGCGAUUUUACAUCUUUACAGCUACAAAGACGCUUCAUCUUAGAACUGAUUCCAAAGGAGAUAGGGCAGCUUGGCUGCAAGCUUUGUUCUCUACAAGGAGCCUCUUUCCAUUAAGAUCACUAAAUGAUAGUCUCUCCCUGGUACCUAAGGAUUUGUCCGUCUCAACUGAAAGGCUUAAAAAGCGUCUGCAUGACGAGGGUGCGAGUGAGAACCUAGUUAAGGACUGUGAGCAGAUCAUGCUGUCUGAGUUCUCUGAAAUACAAGGACAAUUGAAAAUUCUUUGCGAGGAAAGAUCCAGUUUGCUUGAUACAUUGAGGCAAUUAGAGGCAGCUAAUAUUGAAGCUGAGACGACUGGAAUUCCAGAUGGUGAAUUUCAAUUGACAAAGCAUGAAUUUUCAAGUUUAGGACGUGGGAAAUUUAGUGAAUGUAGCACAACAGAAUCAUCUGAUGAUAUUGAGAAACAAGAACUCGAGGAAGUGUCAGAGGAAGACGAGUCCUCCUUUUAUGAUACAAAAGAGUAUUUUACUGAACCUACUUUUGUUCGUGGGUCAAUAAAAGAAUUUGCCUGUCAUCAAGAAAAACACAGGGUGCAUUUUCAAUCUGACAAUGAGGAGAAAAUGCAUGCGAGAAAGCAGCUUUGUAAAUCUGGAUAUCCACAUGUGGAAAGGCGAAAGAAGCUUCCUGAUCCAGUGGAGAAGGAAAAAGGGGUCAGUCUUUGGUCUAUGAUAAAGGACAAUGUGGGGAAAGAUCUAUCGCGAGUUUGUCUCCCUGUUUACUUUAAUGAACCAAUAUCAUCUCUUCAGAAGUGCUUUGAGGAUUUGGAGUACUCUUAUCUUUUGGAUAGAGCCUACGAGUAUGGAAAAGAAGGAAAUAGCCUUAUGAGGAUUUUAAAUGUUGCCGCGUUUGCUGUUUCUGGAUAUGCUUCCUCUGAAGGCCGACACUGCAAACCCUUCAAUCCUUUGCUAGGUGAAACUUAUGAAGCUGACUUUCCUGAUAAAGGAGUUCGCUUCUUCUCUGAGAAGGUUAGUCAUCACCCUACUGUCAUUGCCUGCCAUUGUGAAGGUAGAGGGUGGAAGUUUUGGGGCGACAGCAACCUCCGCUCAAAAUUUUGGGGACGGUCAAUUCAGCUUGACCCUGUUGGAGUUCUAACCCUGGAGUUUGAUGAUGGUGAAAUAUUCCAAUGGAGCAAGGUGACAACGACUAUUUACAAUCUUAUCCUUGGUAAAUUGUAUUGUGAUCACCACGGGCCAAUGCAUAUACAAGGAAAUGGACAAUAUUCAUGCAAACUCAAGUUCAAAGAACAGUCAAUUCUUGACAGAAAUCCUCACCAGGUUAAUGGGUUUGUUGAAGAUACUAUGGGGAAUAAAGUAGCCACACUAUUUGGGAAGUGGGACGACAGCAUGUAUUAUACUAAAGGCGACGGAAGUAGCAAGACAAAGGAUUGCAGUUCCUCACCUAAUGCCACCUUGCUUUGGAAAAGUACUAAGCCACCUCCCAAUCUCACUCGGUACAACUUAACAUCAUUUGCAAUCACUCUAAAUGAGUUAACACCAGGACUGCAGAUUAAGGAGAAGCUUCCACCUACGGAUUCCAGGCUUAGACCAGACCAACGGCAUCUGGAGAAUGGGGAAUAUGAGAAGGCAAAUGCAGAGAAACAACGGUUGGAGAAGCGGCAAAGAUUGUCAAGGAAAUUACAAGAACAUGGAUGGAAGCCCAGGUGGUUCCAGAGAGAAGGAGAAGAUGGAGCUUUUUGCUAUGGGGGUGGAUAUUGGGAAGCACGCGAACAGAGAAAUUGGGAGGAAUGUCCAGAUAUUUUUGGUGAAUUUAGUGUAGAUUUUGCAGAAUCCUCCGAAGGGUCUUGACUUCAAAUUAGAAAAGGCUGUCACACAGCAAGCAGGCACAUUAAUUGGUAUGGAUGCUAUAGCAAUUUUAGCCACUUGCAAGAUACUCAUUGGAGGAAGCAAGUUUUUCUCAGAGAAAUCUGAGUGAAGACCCUUUUUCUUUUUAAAAUUUUUUUCUCAGUUUAUAGAGAUAAUUAGGAUAGAGCCUAAUAUUUCCUUGUAGCAUUCGUAAUUGUCUGCUACAGGUCGUUGUUUGUGUAAUGUAGUCUCCCUCCCUCUCUCAUUGGAGUGUACCAGCCAUUGGCUGAUAGUUGUAUUUUGUUAUUUAUUUGUAUGUCUUUAUAAGAAAAUAAACGAAGAGAAGAACAUGCAUCAUCAUCAUCAUCAUUAUCAUCAUCAACGUCCACAACUUAGCUAUCUACACUUGUGUAGGACUGUAUAUUGUGCUGAUCUCAUUAAUGUAUUGCAACUUCGAUUCAUCAAAAUUGUAAUGGAAAAGUUUAUUCUUUUUUUUU